UUAACAGAAGCUGAGAUUGCAGAAAGACGAAGAAAAGCCAAAGAAAAAAUGGCAGAAAGAGCAGCAGCUAGGAGCCAAGGGCAGACAACUGAGGCAGUCACUCAGGAAGGGGAGACUACUGAAGCCCUUAGCCCCCUUCCUGAGGAUGACCUAGAGAGUAAAGAGAAGGAGACAGACUUGGUGUUUGUUGCGUUUGCGCGGGUUUUUAGUGGCACCAUCAGAAAGGGACAAAAGCUGUAUGUACUGGGACCCAAACAUGAUCCAGCCCUGAUAUCCAAAAAGAUUCACAGUGGUGAGGAAAUAAAAGAAGUGAAUAGCAUUCAGGAGUUGUCACAUGAUGAUCAUGUGACCUGUGUCACUAUCAAGGAAUUGUUUGUAUUCAUGGGGAGGGAGUUGGAGGGGAUGGACCACAUUCCAGCAGGGAACAUACUGGGAAUUGGAGGUUUGGAGGACCACAUCCUGAAAUCAGCCACUGUGUCCAGUACCCUGAUGUGUCCAGCUUUCUGUGAUCUCUACUUUGAUGCUGCUCCAAUUGUCAGGGUGGCCAUAGAGCCAAGUCAUACUCGUGAGUAUCUGUCAUAG